AUGCUCUUAGAUGUUUCAAUAUCGGCCACUGUGGGGUUGGUGUCGGGGCACGACAGCGCUACAGCCCUGAUGGAAAAGCCCCCUUCAUCUCUGCCCUUUCUACAAGUCGAGGAUUCCGCCUUUGGAAUUCUUCCGCGGUUAAAGGAGCACUUGGCACAACCAUGA